AUGCCGGUUGCCAUUGUCACGGGAGCGUCCCAAGGCAUCGGGCGCGGGAUCGCGGUGCGGCUGGCACAGGACGGAUUUGACGUGGUGGUCAAUGACAUUGAGCGGCAAAAGGAGCGACUCGACCAGGUGGUGGGCGAGAUCCAGGCCGGUGGGCACCAGGCGCACGGGGUGGUGGGCGACGUGAGCCAGGAAGCCGACGUGCAGGGGCUGGUGGACGCGGCGGUGGCGCGGUUCGGCGGGCUGGACGUCAUGGUGGCCAACGCCGGCCUGCUCGAGACGGCCAGCCUGCUGGACAUGACGGUCGAGCGGUGGGACCGCAGCUACGCGGUCAACACGCGCGGCGUGUUCCUGUGCUACAGCCUCGCGGCCAAGCAGAUGAUCAAGCAGGCCCGCGGCGGCAAGCUGAUCGCCGCCGCCUCCAUCUCCGCCUACCGGCCCAGCGGCAAGGCCCCGGCCUACUGUUCCAGCAAGUGGGCGGUGCGCGGCCUGACCCAGUCGGCCGCCCUGGAGUUGGGCGAGUACGGCAUCACCGUCAACGCCUACUGUCCCGGCUCCGUCAAGACCGGCAUGUCGACCGUCUUUGCUGAACGCCUGAAGAGGGAUCGAGAAAAGGAGGCGGAAAAGGCGGCGGCAGCCACCCCAAACGGCCCCGGCGCCGGUCCAGCGGCAACCCCGUCCGUAGACGAGGUGUACAAGACAUCGUCGCAUCGCAAGAACGCCCUCAAUCAAGAGCUGUUCCCCGAGGACAUUGCCGGCCUGGUCAGUUUUCUGGCCAGCAAGGAUUCGUCCCGCAUGACCGGCCAGACCAUCAUCUGCGACGGAGGAAUGUACUUUUCGUGA